AUGACGGGAAUCAUGAACCGUGAGUUCGCGGAGUUGGCUCAGAACGGGCUGAACUACCUGACUUGGGCCUCGGACGUUGAGAUCGUCCUCGAGGGCAAAGAGAUCAAGGGUGCGCUGAGUGCGGGGACCCCGAUGGCCCCAAGCACCACCACUCCGGCGCAAAAUGCGCAAGCACUGCACUUCCUCCGCCACCACAUGUGUGGUACUCUGAAAAAUGAGUACAUGGCAGAACGGAGUGCUUCAGCCCUUUGGGCCGCCCUCAAAGCGCGGUUCUCUAGGCUGAAGUACACUGUUCAACCACAGGCGGAGGCAGAAUGGAUGCGUCUGAGGUUUGCGGACUUCAAGACUGUGGGAGAGUACAACUCCGCAUUACACCGGAUUUGUACCUCGCUUCUCCUUUGUGGUACUACUAUCACAGAUAAAGAGAAGAUAGAGAAAACCCUCUCUACCUUUCAUCCAACUGCUAUUCAGUCUUCGCGGAACUACCGCCAGGAGAAAUUUCAGCAGUAUGCAGCGCUCAUUGAUGCCCUCCAGGUUGAUGAGGCGCAGGAUGAAGUUAUCAAAAAGAACUUCUCCUCGCAGCCUUUCGCUGGUGGUCCAAGUCAGGAAGUAAAUGUCGGCGCAUAUAAAGUGCGCAAGCCAAUAAUGAAGAAGCGAGGCAAGAAAGGCAAAAAGGGACCUAACCCCCCCAACCCGGCCAAGAACCAACAGGCCGGGAAGGGGGAGGCAAGGCCCCAGGAUUGCUUCCGCUGCGGAUCCAAGACUCACUUCUCCAGGCAGUGCCGGGCCCCUAAGCACGUCGUGGACGCGUACAAGGCCAAGAAGGCACGCGAGACGCACCUUCUCCAGGUGGAGGCACCACCGGCGCCCGCUGUGGCGCCCGUGAUGAUCCCCGUGCCCAACGGCGCGCCCAGAAUGGCGCAAGUUGAGGCACCUGAGGCGGCACUCCAGGUUGUUCCCGUGAACGCCGGAGUGCCCAUGGAGGUUGAGCACGUUGUGCCCCCUCCCGUGCCCCAGUUGGACAUUGAUGCUGCCGCGGCAAUGAUAGCCAACGGAGAGAAGCUUACUGAGAUGGAGAUAUCUGCUGAGGUCGAUGGUUUCCUCGCGGACUCCAUCUAA